UCGCUCCAUCGCCUUUUCCUCGUGCUCGCCGUUAACGACAGCGUCUAGGCUCUCCUUUGACCGUACUUUACGACCUGUAACGCGCCUGUAUCUCCUUAAAUCGUCCUAUACCUUGUCCGUCGCAUAUACGCGCGUUUCCGGCUCUUGUUCCCAGAAACGAGAGUAGACUCUACACGAAAACGCCUGAAAUCUCUGUUGUUUGUCGCUCGGCCUGUCAUUAAUAUCGUCGUCAUUUGUGUCGUUGAUAUACUCAAACAUUGGUCUUGUGCUCAUUCAAACUUGGUUCCCACCAACCGCCCUUCACCCCUUUCUUAACAGAGCAUAAGGUUGCUCAGAAGGACUUGCGCACGACCCAUCGUCGUAUUCCUUCUACAGUGUUACAGAAACUCUUCCCAGACUUGAGUCAUCAACCCAAUAAACAGCAGACACCCAUCUCAACCCCCCCGCUCACCCUUCGAAACCGUUUGAAGGAAAAUGAAUAAAGACGACUAUGAUUUCUACAGCGAGGAAGGCCACGAUGAGCCCCAGAAGGUCCCCGCUGUCACCACCAAACCCGAACCCUUGACUGGCGAUAAACGUUCUAGAGAAGACGACGAUCACCAUCAGCAUCCGCCACCCAUGUCCCGUCCCACGAGCAAGACCGACGGGUCCAACACCGGAAUGAACGGUAAUUAUAGCUCGCAGCAACAGCAACAGUCUAUGGAUACCGACAGCUCGGGCGGGGUUCACGACGCUGUCUACCUUGGAGAUUUGCAAUGGUGGACAACGGAUGAAGAUUUGCGCAAGGUUGCUGCAAGUGUCGGUGUUAACAUCGACUAUAAAGAUAUAACCUUUUCCGAACACAAAGUUAAUGGAAAGAGCAAAGGCAUUGCCUAUAUUGAAUGUCACAGUCCGCAAGCUGCAGCAACGUUGAAACAGUGGUUUGAUAACAAUGAAUUCCAGAAUCGACGAGCGACCGCAACCCUGACAAGUUCAUCUCAGGGCAAUCCGUUCCGAACGUUACCGAAAGAUCCACCUCCAAGAGAGAAUAGACCGGGCCAGGUGCGCGGAGGGUUCGUCAAUAGAGGAGGUCACCUCAACGCUGGCAACCGCGGCGGUAUGAUGGGUGGUGGUGUCAACACACCUCCAGUACUGCCGGGCAUGAUGGGCGGGAUGAACAUGCCCAAUAUGCCUAUGGGCCUGCCGAUGGGAUUGCCAGGGAUGAAUAACAUCAAUGUGGCGGCAGCGAUGGCUAAUAUGGCUAACAUGGGUGGCAUGGGAAUGGCUGCUGGGAACUUUGCUGGUGGGCGAGGUGGUUUCGCUGGUCGCGGCGUCGGCCAUCAAGGACCGAGGGGAGGGAUGAUGGGUGGAGGACGCGGCGGGAUGAUGGGCGGAAUGGGUACGAAUUUUUGA